GUCAGAGGACGGUGGGGGGGCGGGGGAGGAACCAAUUUACAAUCCGACAACACUGAGAGGGGGAAGGAAGAACAAAAAACUCUCUGACCUACUUAACGUUUAUUUAUCCCAAUUUGUUUUUGUGUCAGUUUUCCUUGAUCAUCACUUUCUGCGAAGAGUGACAGAAUUGGAUUGAUUAUAUAAUCGGUUCCUUUUUUUAAAUGCGCUUCUUUUGCCGUUUACUGGUUUCUAUGGUGAUUCGGAUUUCACUGUUUUGGUUGCCCAGGUUUAGUCUCCUGCCUUGAGAUGUAUUUCCAACAUGAGAGAGAACGGCAAGAGAGCAUGUAGGAGCGCAGGUUUCCUGGUGAGCUGCAGCCUCCCGGUAGUGCCCAGUGGCUGAGCACAGACCGACUCAACUGACAGCAGCAGCGGCGGUGGCAGAGGCUCGCCCAUGUGGAGACACACGGCAGGUGUCAGCAACGGCAGGAGGUAACCUCACAGUCUUCCUGCACUCAAAUCAACAAUACAUGAAAUUAAAUGACGGUUAAAUUGCAGACAUUAAGAAAUAACAGAGACUUAAGGAAGACAUUUUGAGCAGUGAGGUAAUGGAGUUAGUUGAGACCAUUAAGUAGAAGAACUAAUGGAUGAAGAUGACAAGGACAAGGCAAAGAGGGCUUCACGUAAUAAGUCUGAGAAAAAGAGACGUGAUCAGUUUAAUGUCCUCAUCAAAGAACUCAGUGUCAUGCUUCCCGGCAGUAUCCGUAAGCUGGACAAGUCUACAGUGUUGCAGAAGACAAUUGACUUUUUACAAAAACACAAUGAAACUUCAGCACAGAAAGAGACAAGUAUCAUCCAACAAAACUGGAAACCUUCAUUUUUGAGCAAUGAGGAAUUUACACAACUGAUGUUAGAGGCAUUAGAUGGCUUCAUCAUAGCUGUAACAACAGAUGGGAAUAUCAUUUAUGUUUCUGAUAGCAUUGCACCUCUCCUUGGACAUUUACCUUCUGAUGUUAUCGAUCAGAAUUUAUUAAACUUCCUCCCUGAACAGGAGCAUGAAGAAAUAUUUAAACUGCUGUCCUCUCACACAUUAGUGACAGAUGCUGUUUUGCCACACUAUUUAAACUCUGAGAACUGCUUUGAAUUUUCUUGUCACUUGCUGCGAGGGACAUUGGACCCAGAGGAAUCUCCUACCUAUGAAUAUCUACGAUUUGUGGGAAAUUUCCAGUCAUAUGACAGUGUGCCUAGUUCAUCUUGCAAUGGUUUUGAAGGUUCUGUUCAAAGGACACUUCAAACAACAGUACAUGAACAGAUGUGUUUUGUAGCAACCGUCCGUCUAGCAACACCUCAAUUUAUAAAGGAGAUGUGCAUAAUAGAGGAGCCUUUGGAAGAAUUUACCUCUAGACAUAGCUUGGAGUGGAAGUUUUUAUUUCUAGAUCACAGGGCUCCACCGAUCAUUGGUUAUUUGCCUUUUGAAGUCCUUGGUACAUCAGGUUAUGAUUAUUACCACGUGGAUGAUCUGGAACAGCUCGCCAGGUGCCAUCAACAAUUGAUGCAGUUUGGUAAAGGGAAGUCUUGCUGCUAUCGGUUUCUUACGAAAGGACAACAAUGGAUCUGGCUCCAGACCCGCUACUACAUUACCUACCAUCAAUGGAACUCCAAGCCAGAGUUUAUUGUGUGCACACACACAUUAGUGAGCUAUGCAGAAGUUCGAGCACAGCGUCGAAAAGACAUCUGUUUGGAUGAUAGCUGUACAGAAGUUGUUGGUUCUUCAUUGCUUAAGGGACAUGACUUAAGAAUUGAUACACAGCAGCACGUUGAAGUGCUCCCUGGCACUCCAUCACCUUCUUCUUCAUCUCGGAGUUCACACAAAUCAUCUCAUACCUCGGUGUCAGAAUCUGCAUCAACACAAAGCAAACUACUUUCAGAGAUCAGUGCUCCAUCCUUGCAGGCAAAAGCAGCAGUACAACAAGAUGUAGGAAUUCAGCAGCAUCCACCCAGCAGCAACCAGUCCUUAAUAUCGGAGCCAUCUAUUGAUCUACUAUCACAGGGGUUGAUGCCCCAGGCUACUGUGGUUAGUCAGCCUGCAUCAAUGGCACAGUUCCCAGCACAGUUUGACGUGAUUCAGUCUCUAAAGGAUCAGCUUGAACAACGUACACGCAUUCUGCAAGCAAAUAUCACAUGGCAGCAAGAAGAACUCCAAAAAAUUCAGGAGCAACUUUGCAUGGUGGAUGACUCAAAUUUACAGUUAUUGCUGCAGCAGCCAACGUCUAUCAGCCUGAGUCCAUUACAGUAUCAAGAAUCACAGCAGCAAAAGCAGCAACAACUGGGUCUUAUUGCGCAUGAGCAUGAUCUCCCCAAUAAACAGAAUGCUAAAAUGAUACAUGCUGGAUGUGUGGUACAGACCUCAAUGCCCAAUAUUUCCUCUGCAAGCCUGGCAUUACAUUUCAGCAGUCCUGUGAUGUUCUCUCAGGCCCCGUCAAUGGCAAUCCAAAGUGAUGGCACCAUUGGUCAUUCAGGUCUCAACUUUGGUCAUGACAGGCAACUAAGGAUGCUGCUCAGUCAACCCAUUCAACCAUUGAUGCCUCUUACGUGCCACAACAGACAACCCACAGAAUUCACUCCCACUGGACAACAAGCUAAGUACUCACAAAGACAACAGCUGCCCCAAAAUCUGGUACCACAGCCAGUUAGAAAUAGUGUACCAAUGAUCUCCAAUACAGUACUUAUGGGUCAAAUAGUAACUCCAGGAUUUUCUAUACCACAGCCACCUCUAUCCCAGCAAACUAUGCACCUACAACAGCAGCCACAACACUACUUACAGGGUCAAACAUCCAGUUCCUUGCAAGGUGAACAACCGGAGCUGCUGCUUCUCCCUCCUCCUUAUCCACAGCAACAGGACAUUCUGGGAUACCACCCACAAUCUCAGCAAAGACCACAUGUACAGCGCCUCUCUGAAUCAUCAAAUGUUUAACUCACCCAGUAGCCUCUCAGUGGUUAAGAAAUAUAAAUUAUAAAAACCUGUUUAAAGCAAUAUUCACCCUUGCGUUUUAAUAAAUUGCAGCUAAUGUGCUACACUUUUACUGUUUCCAUCAGGUGUUAAAAUAUAAAGCUUCACAAAAUUUAUUGUAACAUUUUAAUUACAUAAUUGUUAAUUGGAAAUGGGAGAAGAAUAGCACAUUGAAAGCUACAAGUUGGCAUUGUAGGUACAAAAAAUCUUUACUGUUCUCAUCUAAUUUUGAAAUUCCGAUUAUUUUUAUGUGAGAAGGCCACAUAUACUACUGGUUAAUGGAUUGAACCACCAGCAGCAUUAGGGAUGUUUUAAAAUGAUUACUAAGUUUGUGAUGUAACUCAUUAGCAUGAUCCAAGUUAGAAUAGUUCAAAGCUGGGUUUUUUUAAAACACAUCACGCCAGUAAUUUUCUAACUUUGUACAGCUGGAAAAGACUUGCUUGUCAGCACCAUAUUUCAGAAAUUCUGGUGCUCUUUAAGUGAUUGUCCAAUUAUUAAUUUAAAAGGUCAGAAAGACAUGAGCUUUGUGUGCCAGGAUUUUCAUUGCACAUUCUUACCAGAAGAAUUUGUCAUCAAAAAUAUAAAGUCAGGAAAUUAUUCCUUAUAUGUACAGAUGUGGCAGGCACGCACCUCAGAUUCCUUUUAUACUUUCUAAGUUUGCUGCUAUCAGUCAACAUCUGGGAAACACACUUGCAGGCUUGAGGAUAGAAUGUGGACUGGGAUUGCAUGGAUUGUUUUGUAGAGUCCCAUCAUGGACUUGAUGGGCUGAAUGGCACCCUUACGUGCCAUGACUUAAACCUAAAUGGAUUCAAGCAUGACAGAAAACUGGGAACGAUGUACCUAGCUUUUUGCACAAAAUCAGCUAUUAUGUUUGCAAUGUAACCUUGUUCUUAUUAUGUAAUCAACAUAUCUUUUAUAAUUCCUUGUGCUAAAUUGGCACACUUAUUACAACCUGACAGCCGAUGUUGGAUACUGGCUACUAGGUCUCUUCAAGGACAUAUACUUUGGACAAAUUCUUAAUGUCACAUUCAACAGAAUAAUCAUUAAUUGAAAUGGAUCAGUUCUACAACACUGGAUGUUUAAAAGGAAACUGUUUACUUUGUGUUGUAUAUUUUCAAACACAUGCACUUUUUCUGAUUUAUAUGUUUUAUUAAGACUGCAUUUGUUACAUAAAAAUCUCUAAAUAAAAAAUGAGAAACUGUCGAUCAGACGGACACUGUAAUAUAUGAGUUAUUUCAGUAUAAAUGAUUCUUUGCAACAAAA